AUGGUUCAAAAACUAACUGAAGAAGAAAUCAAGACGUUAGAAGCCAAAUCAUGGGAAUUAGUUUCAGGACGUGACGCUGUAAAAAAAACGUUUAAAUUUAAAGAUUUUAAUGAAGCCUUUGGGUUUAUGACUAGAGUAGCUUUGAGAGCCGACAAAGUUGAUCACCAUCCAGAAUGGUUCAAUGUGUACAACCGGGUCGAAAUUACUCUCACCACGCACGAAUGCAAUGGUCUUUCGAAACGUGAUCUUGACCUUGCAGAUUUCAUUGAAAAAGUGUUUAAAACUUAUUCCUGA